AGCAGCAUCCCACGGACCUGCAGCUCUUACUUUCUGUCGAGGCUGAGUUUUCCCUUCAGCGGAAAUUCAAUUACGAAACUACAGAAUCGGCCGAGACGCAGAAAAGACACUACCAGCUACCGGUUGCGCGACGGAGGAGCGUUUCCACACCUUUGAGUCGCUUCCUCGCGGGUUUUGCCUUUGAUCGCUCCAGACGUCACACCGGACUUCCCCCUUUGACUCCGCACAAGGCAAAAUGGGGAAACAGAACAGCAAGCUGACCCCCGAGGUGAUGGCAGAUCUGGUGAAGAACACAGAAUUUAAUGAGCACGAGCUGAAGCAGUGGUACAAGGGAUUCCUGAAGGACUGUCCCACCGGCCGACUCAACCUGGAGGAGUUCCAGCAGCUCUACGUCAAGUUCUUCCCUUAUGGUGACGCAUCCAAGUUUGCCCAGCACGCCUUCAGGACGUUUGACAAAAACGGAGACGGCACCAUCGACUUCAGAGAGUUCAUCUGCGCGUUGUCCAUCACAUCGCGGGGCAGCUUUGAGCAGAAGCUCAACUGGGCCUUCAACAUGUACGACCUGGAUGGAGACGGCAAGAUCACACGGGUGGAGAUGCUGGAGAUUAUCGAGGCGAUCUACAAGAUGGUCGGCACGGUGAUCAUGAUGAAGAUGAACGAGGACGGCCUGACGCCCGAGCAGAGGGUGGACAAGAUCUUCUCCAAGAUGGAUAAGAACAACGACGACCAGAUCACACUGGAGGAGUUCAAGGAGGCCGCCAAGAGCGACCCGUCCAUUGUAUUACUGCUGCAGUGCGACCUCCAGAAAUAGGCCGGCGGGCGAGGAGCAGCGCCGCACCAGCCGCCACGGACUGCACAGAAAGAAUUUCAUGUUCCAUUCAGUUUGCAGCUAUUUCCACUGAGAAAAAAAAAAUAUGCUUGGACUACCUUUCAAUGGAUCUGCUUCUUGUGUUUGAAACACUUGUGUGCAUGAGAAUGUUAUUUGCUAUUUAAAAGAAACGAUCUACACACAACAUGCGACAGCGACACCACACACACACACACACACACACACACACACACACACAGACUCACUACGUACGAAAACCGCACACAAAUAAUAUAUAUAUAUAGAUAUAUAAAUAUAAAAUAUAUUUCAAUUAUUUAAAGAUCAACUGCCAAAAUGUGAAGUGUGCAAAGUAUUUUCCAUACAGUUUCAUUUUCCUGGCGCUUGCGCAUCAGUGACGUUGAAUUUGCCGCUACUCUAUUUAGUGUUCCAGGUUACUGAUGCUUGCUGUACCUGUUUCAUAAUACUCAGUAUUGUCAACCGAACCAAAUUCCUACGAUGAUGCAUCUGCCUCCAAGAAGACACUUCUCCAUGGUCUCAAAUAUUAGCUCUAGCACAGGUCCAUUAGCGUUGGUCUCUUCCUUCCAGGACAUGCUUGUACUGUCAGUAAGAAAAAAUGUAACUGUAGUUAAUUUGCAUGCCUUUAGGUUCUGCCUUAAAAAAUCUCCUCGUUUUGCAUCUUGUAACUGAAGACAGGAAGCCUUACUGUGUCCAAGCAGCGCGGUGACACUAGAAGAACCCACCAGAAUGAUUUCCAUGGACUAGGGAGGAGAAUAAACUGAUGUUUGCCGUACGGGCCGAGUUUUGUGUUCGGGGCGUUGCUUUUGACUGCUUUAACUGUGGGAGCAUGUUUCCUUGUAGAUUAGCUGUAAUCAGUGUUGCUAAGAACUAAAUCCCUGCCCCUGCAUUUAAACACUCUCUCAUUCCGGUUUAGCAGAUAUUAAAGGAUGAGGAAUCCAUGAGUUUGAAAUGGGAUCAUAGAUUUUAAAAACAGCUAAAACAAAUGGUUAAAUGACCAGAGGAAAAUGGAGCACAAACAUUUACAUCACGAUUCCCCAGAGAAUUAGGGAGCUUCCCUCAGCUGGAGCUAGAUUCAAAAGAAGCAGCAGUGCCCACGUACAGUGGGAGAGCUCUGUCAUUAAACUCAGUCACAACCUACAUGUUACCGUCACCUCCACUUCACUUUUCCAUUUAGCCUGCAGGUCACAUAUCAACACAGUGAAUCCAGAGGAGUUUAAGGACAGAAUGAAAGGCUGUGCAGCAAUGUUUGUCUUUUUCAGUGGAUGGAAAUGAAGCAGUGUGAGGAGCAGGGGACAGUGUUUUAUUCUACUCCGGACCUACUUGAGGACAGUCCUUACUGUAAAGUUGUGCAUUAGUAAGUUGAACAGUUUGCCCUCCCUGACCCCUGGAAGUAUUCCUCUUUAGUAUCAGUCAGUCUUUUUGUACUUUUUUACUCCCUUCUCUCCCACGUUGUACACGUAUUGAUCGAUAUUACAUGUAGAGGAGGUCAGCACCUCCUAGAAAUGAUUUCAGAUGAUCACCACCUGUACCUUUGCCUAAGUUUACCCUGUGUGGAAGCACCGCAGACACUUCCCAAACCUACAGAAGCACCAGGAGGGUUGGCUUGAUAAGGCGGCUAAAUGCGACUGCAAUAAAGAACUAGCACACGUGUCCAUCGUCAUCUCGCAGCAGCGUGGCUUGUUCCACUUCAAUUUGUUAACCGGAACUUCUUUACAUGAACGCCUUAGACCAGGCAGCGUUUCUAACUACUGUACAACUCCGUUGUUACUGUUACUGCUAUCAAGAUACCAAAUGUAAGCAAAAGCAACCGUGUACAAGAAUUCUUUUGUAGCAUGUAUUGUGUCCCUGACGACAUGGCUGCACUACUCCCUGUGUUGUGAUUUAAUCUAAUAAAAGGAACUCUAUGGGC